AUGGGUACAGUUUCAGGAGCAUACAAAGAUGUUCCUAUGCGUCUCAAACAUGUUAUUCCUCUGGAUUUUGAGUCCACAAAAGUGGUUCCAGAAUCACAUAUAUGGCCAGAAACAGAAAAUUUUCCAUUAUCUGAUCGUGUUCUCCCCUCUGAUGAUGAUGAAAAAUCAAAAUCAUGGAUCCCUGUCAUUGAUCUCAUGGCUCCCAAUGUAGUGGAACUCAUUGGCCAUGCAUGUGAAACAUGGGGAAUUUUUCAUCUCACCAACCAUGGUAUUCCCUCCAGCCUUAUUCAUGAUGUUGAGUCCCAGGCUAGAAGACUCUUUUCUCUUCCAACCGAGCAAAAGCUGAAGGCCUUACGAUCGGCCGGCGGAGCCACCGGCUACGGUGCUGCCCGGAUGGUACCGUUUUUGACCAAAUAUUUGUGGCAUGAAGGGUUCCUUAUUGCAGGUUCUCCUGUUGAGCACGCUAGUGUACUUUGGCCCCAUGACCACAAAACUUUUUGUGAUGUGAUGGAAACUUAUCAAAAGAUGAUGAAUUCCUUGGCACACCAACUCUUGCUUCUGAUGUUGAAGUGGCUAGAAGUCUCUGAAGAUGAACUGAACUGGAAACUAUCAAUGUCCCAAGAUGCAUUGUUACUCAAUUCCUUUCCAGCCUGCCCAGAUCCCAAAAGUACCAUUGGUUUAGCCCCUCACACAGAUUCAUUGCUCAUUACCAUUCUUCAUCAAAGUCAAGAGGGUUUGCAGAUUUUUCGCAACGGAUUCGGAUGGGUGACAGUUUCACCCAUUGAAGGAGCUCUUGUGGUCAAUUUUGGUAAUCUUAUGGAUAUAUUGUCAAAUGGCAAGUUCUCUGGCAUUCUGCAUCGUGCUUUUGUCAACCAGAUUAGGCACAGGAUUUCUGUUGCCUACUUCUGCUAUCCUCCAAUUGAUUCCCAGGUCGCACCAUUUGCUAAGUCUAAAUGUCCCAUUUAUAGUUCUUUAACAGUGAAGGAAUAUCUUGAAAUCAGGGCCAAGCAUAUGGAGGAUGCACUUUCUGUGAUCAGAAUAAAAUGA